GAAAGCCGUCUGUUGCUGUAGGCGAGCACCGGCCCAGACGCGUGCGGAGGCCGCAAACCCCUGGAAAUUUUGUGGUUGACCCUGAGCGGUCGGCCGGCUUCUAUUCCUCUCUCCUCCCCGCCGAUUGAUCCUGUGGUGUGACCCGGAGCGGUCGGGCAGCUUCUCGUCUCUUCCCUCAGCCAAGCUAGCGCCGGCGGAGGAUGGCCUCGGCUCUAUACGCCUGUACCAAGUGUCACCAGCGGUACCCGUUCGAGGAGCUCUCCCAGGGCCAGCAGCUGUGUAAGGAGUGCCGAAUCGCUCAUCCAAUUGUAAAAUGCACCUAUUGUCGAUCAGAGUUCCAGCAAGAAAAUAAAACCAACACUAUAUGCAAGAAAUGUGCGCAAAAUGUUAAGCAGUUUGGAACGCCCAAGCCUUGCCAGUACUGUAACAUCAUAGCAGCAUUUAUUGGCACAAAGUGCCAGCGUUGUACCAACUCAGAGAAAAAAUAUGGACCUCCUCAGACCUGUGAGCAAUGCAAGCAGCAAUGUGCUUUUGAUCGGAAGGAAGAAGGAAGACGAAAGGUUGAUGGGAAGCUCCUCUGUUGGCUUUGCACGCUGUCCUACAAAAGAGUUCUUCAGAAGACUAAGGAGCAGCGCAAAAGUUUGGGCUCCACCCAUUCCAACUCCUCUUCUUCUUCCCUCACUGAGAAAGACCAACAUCAUCCGAAACAUCACCACCAUCAUCACCACCAUCACCGGCACAGUGGCAGCCACAAAGUUGGCAGUCUAAGUCCAGAACCAGAGCAGGGAAUUUGGAAACAAAGUCAUAAAUCCACUACAGCAAUUCAGAAUGAAACUCCAAAAAAAAAGCACAAAUUGNNNNAUAAAUAUUCAAAUUCCAGCAUGUUUUAUUUUAGUAGUUCAAUCACUCAGUCGACUGACAGUGGUGGUACAGACAACUUUGUCCUAAUCAGCCAGCUGAAAGAGGAAGUGAUGUCUCUGAAACGUCUCUUACAACAGAGAGACCAAACCAUUCUGGAGAAGGAUAAAAAGCUGACAGAACUGAAAGCAGACUUCCAGUACCAAGAGAAUAACCUGAGGACAAAGAUGAAUGGCAUGGAAAAGGCCCACAAGGAAUCGUUUGAGCAGUUGCAGGGCAAAAACCGGGAAUUACUGAAACAAGUCGCAGCUCUGUCAAAGGGUAAAAAAUUUGAUAAAAGUGGCAGCAUCCUGACCUCGCCUUGAGGACCUGUUUUUACAGGAGGACGCAGUGUUAGUCUGUGAAGCCCUUAAAAUGGUUUUAGUCACAAGGGAAUCUUCAUUUUUAGUAUAUUUUAUAGUCAGUACUGGACUCUUUUAAUUCUAAACCGCUCA